GUUGUGUUCCUAUUAUGGUUUUAGACAAUAAAAACACAUCUGGGGGAUUCCCAUAUAAUCAGCUAUUAACAAGGAAUUCAGUGAAAAUUGUCUUCUGUAAGAUGCCUAAAACUCAAAGACACUCUCUUUCUUUUCUGUCAGCUCCAUAUUGUCCAUUACAAUACAGAGAUUUAUGCUAAUAUGUCAGAAGCUAAGACCCAGGAGAAUGGCCUGGCUGUGUUGGCAAUCCUAAUUGAGGCAGGCGAGGAGAUUAAUCAAGGAUAUGGCAGUAUUUUUAACUAUCUGGGCCACAUCAGAUAUGCAGGCCAGAAGGUGGCUAUACCUGCAUUUGAUAUAAAGUUGCUGCUGCCUGACAACCUCAGCCAAUAUUUCCGCUACAACGGCUCGCUCACCACUCCUCCCUGCCACCAGAGUGUCCUCUGGAUUAUCUUCAAUGAAAGAGUUAAAAUCUCUCACUCACAGCUGAUGAAAUUGCAAACAGUGUUGUACUCCAGUAAAGAAGAAGAGGCAGAGCCCAUGGCUCUCCAGGAUAACUACCGCACCACCCAGCCACUCAAUCACAGAACUGUCCUGUCCUCUUUCAUUCCGGUCUCAGUUAAAAUUUAUACUGCAGGUGAAAUCGCAGCUAUUGUGAUCGGAUCUCUGUGUGGGUGUAUAGGCUUGGCUGUUAUCAUCUGCUUUAUUGUGAAAACUAUUCGCUUAACGUCCAGCUGGGAUGUCUUGCCAAGUAUCCGACCUGCUCCCCAGCCCAGAUUGCAAGAUAUGGCAAAAGAAAGCAAAGAGGAUGUGGCUUUAAAGACGACCACUAACCCAACAAAACCAGAGGAAGCUGCCCCUCAGCCUGAAACUUGAUUCUAAACAUUCCAUGUGUAUCUUGGUAUUUUUGUCUUGUGAAAGAAAAUAUCUAAAUUUAAUUGGUGUCUUCUACUCAUUUCUCAGUAAAAAAUCAAGUAAUUUUGAACCCCCUUUCUUUCA